AUGCAGCCUCAAUAUCGCGCUUAUGCGCAACAGGUCCCGCAAAGGUCGCCUCACGCGACGAACCAGCGACGUGGUGGAAUUGGGCCCAUGAUGUCCUCAGGACCUCACCCGUCUGUCCCUCUUACCCAGGCACAGAUUGCACAACAACAACAAGCUCAGGCUCAUGCCAGUGAGCUCGCCAAGAGGCGCAGUCGCAAACCCACCGAUAAAAACAUCCCUGAAGGAGUCGAGGACAGCAUUGUUGACGCUGAUGGCGUUCAACGGUAUAAGGAUCUCCGAGAUGUUGAGCGCCGGCUCGAUGCAACUAUCACGCGAAAGCGACUGGAUAUUGUUGAUUACACUAGCCGUGGAUCCAAGAGAUACAAAACACUACGAGUUUGGGUCAGCAACACGGUCGAGGAUCAGAUCUGGCAGAGCAACGGUCUGAACUCUGACUCGUUCGACUUCACUCCCAACAUGGAGGCGUCCUACAGAGUCAAGAUCGAAGGCCGUCUACUCGACGACGACAACGAGGAGACAGACGAGACUAAGACUCAGGAGGCAGUCACAGAAGAAGCGAAUGAAUCCGAAGAGUCAGCUCAAAAGUCCAAGUCACCAGAGAAGCCCCGGUUCUCACACUUCUUGAAGUCUUUGACCGUUGACUUCGACCGGUCUCGAUAUCGAACUGGCAGCGAACAAACAGUGGAAUGGAAGAAACCUGAUGCGCCGGCCCGAAGCCAGCCUGCCACCAACCUCCCUGCAGCCGCUGAUUUCGACGAGCUCACCUUUAAGAGAAGUGGAGAUGAAAACCAGAACAUCACCAUCAACUUGUUCCGUCAGGAGUCCCCCGAGAGAUAUCAGCUGAGCCCUGAGCUUGCUGAUGUGGUGGAUAUGAAGGACGCAACCCAUCAGGAGGCCGUCAUGGGGCUCUGGGAGUAUAUCAAACUACUUGGACUUCAGGAAGACGAAGAGAAGCGAAACUUUCGAUGCAAUGAGCCUCUUAAAAAGGUUAUACGACAGGGUGACAUCGGGCAUAUCCCUCUGCUCAACGACUAUGUUCAACAGCACCUUCGGCCGCUCGAGCCCAUUCGCUUGUCGUACACCAUCCGAGUCGAUCAGGAAUUCCACAAGGACCCUCAGCCCACCAUCUACGACAUCCAAGUCCCAGUGGAUGAUCCUCUUCGUGAUUCACUUUUGCCUCUGCUUAACAACCCGCAAUACAUCGCGAUGCUCAAGGAAGUAACAGGGCUCGACGAUCAACUCGCUCGGGUUGUACAGGCUAUCGCCGUUUCCAAAGCUAAGCAUUCUUUCUUCCAGUCUCUAAGCAAGGAUCCAGCCAACUUUAUCAAAAAUUGGCUGAGUUCGCAAAAGCGAGACCUCGAGGUGAUCAUGGGAGAGGCGCCAAGGGGAGGUGGAGAGCACGCAUCAGGCGAUGAGUGGCGCCGUGGCGGAAAAGACAGUGUUUGGGCUACCCAGAACGCUCGCGAAAGCGUCAACGUCCUGCUUUCAAAGCAACGUUAA